AUGUGCUCGCGUCUUAUUUUACUUUUUUUACUCAACGUUUCAUUAUUGAGUUGUGUGACAGUGAACCUACAUGAGCAUGGUACAACAAUCACUAGUAAAACAAAAGUCGAGUUACCGCCGUUUCUCGUCAAAUGCAAGCUUAAUGACAUUGCAAUAAUACCAGCACCGGCAGUUAGUGAAAAUAAUGCACGACAUUACUUGAGCAAGCCAAAUGGGAAGGUCAUUAAACUUGAUCUCUCCGAUUUCCGCUCAGAUAAAUUACGCUUCAAUGGCAGAGCUAACGAUAACGUCAGUAACUUCACAAAUGCUGUUAAACCUGCAAAAUACAAACUUUUUAAUGUGAAUCAUGAAAACGCCAAUAGCACAGAUGAUAUAUUUGAAAACAAUCGAAGACAGAUGGGUGCCACAGAGUUCAUGAUGGGCCCUUUCACUGAUGGAGAUUAUGGCAAUUGGGUGCUGAGUGUUUAUUUUACGGAUCUCAACGGAGACACCGUGGAGCUGUUCCGAGUCAUAAGUGUUGAAAUAGUAGAAACAGUACCAGUGCAUUCCUCGUUUCCCAGACUGAAACAAGGUAGCAACUUCAGUUUGAGUUUCGCGUAUCCAAUCAAGGUAGAGACCUGCGAACUUCGCCCUCCAAAAUCAGCUAGUGAUCGAUUUUACGACCGAGAUAAAUCAAGGUUCGAUUUCUGUGGAUACACUGUCCCGAAUGUGACACUAGACGAUGAAGGCCUUUGGAAAAUUGUCGGUGUGGGCAAAAUUGUGUAUGAAACAAAAGUGUAUUUGAAAGUUAGAAAUAAAAAUUUAUAA